AUGGAUGCACUGGCGGGCAGCGUGUACAUAAAUGUCGUAAUUCUCGGCGCUGCUCGAUGGGUCAUAAAUAUUAUUGCUUCUGUCCUGGAUUACUCAAUCAAGAGCAUCGGCCGACGUCUGCUUCAUCUCGUUUCCGCCGGAUUCAUUGUUGUUAUCAUGGCAAUCAUAUUUGUUAUCUACGUAUUCACAUGUGCGCUUUCCAUUUUCACCCCUAACUGGCCAAAAAUUAACGCAUACAAGGCCGAAAUAGAAGCCGGUGGCACAGACUUUUUAUUAGUACUUGCUGCACCACUCGAGCAGUUCUUUAGAACGCCACCUUUUCUGGAGGAGAGUGAAUGCGAAGAAGAUCUUGACUUAAAAUUUCUACUAAAUUUCAAUUGCUGA